ACACUGUUUGCGCGGACGGUGCACCGCCGCGGCGUGACGCACGACAAACGCGUUCGGGGCGCUAUCGUCGCGCGGCCAGACAAACUUCCGCCGAAUAUUAUCGGAACGACAACACCGCCGGCCGUUUAAAUAUAGCCGCGGACGCGACACGACGACCUAGGAAGAUUGAUUCCUCCGCACGUCAUUAUCGAGCCAUCGAACGCGUCGGCACUUCACUCGCCUGCACAAUGGACGCGUGUUUUAGCGCCUUCGACAAAGACGGGUAAUAAUUGCCAAUCGCAUCUUAUUUCGUUUCUCCCUGUAAUUUUCGUUUUCACCGUUGCCCUGCCCGCGGUUUCCGUUUUACGCUGUUAACAAUAACGAUUGUCUUUCGUGUUAUUUUUUUUUCACCGCGGAAUAAGUGGCCCAGAUGUUAUUCCGAUAUAUUUUUAGAAUCUGAAAAUUCCCAGAACGUAUUUUACCGCACAUAAUCGUCGUGUUUUGAGAUCUGCGAUCGUCGACACGUGUUGUCCGUGUCCGUUUAAUUUGCGUCGUUCGCAGUGUUUACCAUUUAAUAUUAAGAUUAGAUUAGUUAGAUUAAGAACGUGCUACGUGCAUUCCAAUGAGAAAGUUACACAUUAUGCGUGUUUUGUUUUUAGGAUACCCACUGUAAAAUUUACAACUUAUUGUUGAGGUGGAUACACACUUGAACAUUUCGGCGUAAUGCAAACGCUGUAAUGCAGUAACGUGUGUUUGUGUUUGUGCUCGUGUUCGCGCUCGUGUUCACUAUUCGUAUAUUACCUCGAUCACAAAACCGAAUGUAUUGUACGCUAUAAAUCCAUCACUUUGUUCACCAAACGUCCGAGUGAAUGUGCGUAACGUAUCAUCAAAAUGUCUAAUUUAAAAGUUAGUGCUGUUUUCAUUUUAAUGUAUAGUGUUAUCGACAAAAAUAAAAAAAAACAAAGGCGAAGGUCUACUCGAGUCUUCAUCCUUAAGGGUCAUUUAAAAGAAAUUUUAAACCAGUGGAGCGACCACGUCCGAAUGAUACAGUGAAGGUCGAUUCCCACAUAUUAGUGACGUGAUAGUACCGUAGCCGGAAGUGUUCAGUGUCAUCCGUGAUCCAUUUUUCACAGUCAUCCUCACAGUACCUUUCCGUCAUUCCGUGUCGGUGCUCUCCCGUGAUCAGUGAUCUCUUAGAAGGCAAAAAGUAAAAACGCAGUUUUGACGAGAGUUUUUUUGUGUUGUAAAAUAUUUGCGUCAUGAAUGAUCAAAAAAUACGUUUUGGCUCAGUCUAAAAUAUUCAUAAAAUUCUACUAUUCAAGAGUUUGCAGGAGCAAGACGCAUUGGACUUUGACUUUUCGUCAUGUUGUCAAAAAUCAUAGAGAAAUAAGAUUUAAAAAAAAAAAAAAAUGAUGAUCGAAAUCGACGCGUGAGAUAUUUUCCCGUAAAGCGUGUUUUUGAGCAGAAUAACAGGUCGCGUGUAAUUUAGAUUUACUAAGCAAGGCCGGAUUUUAGUUGUUAUAAUAUAAUAUAUGGACGAGCUGUACCGAGAAAAACUCGAUGGGCCGCUUAUAAGUACAUUUCGUUCAAAAAGUUUUAUCGAGAUUCCCAACAGGUUUUUCUAAAAAAACCGACAACAAAUGGCAAUAAUAUACUGAUUCAGCCAGAUGUAUACUCGAUUUGGAUUUUCAAAUAGUUUCAAUUUUUAAUUUCACACUGAAAAAUUUCGCAUUUUUCGUUUUAAUUUCUGUUGGUGCUCUUUCAGUGAAAUCGUCCGACCUUCAAUUUAACCAGUUUGCCAGUUCAGGUUUCAAAAUCAUUUUUUUGUUUGCAACGAUUUUUACAUCGUUUUUUUUGAGUACCCCUAUAAACUAAAUUAUUUGCACUUUUUUUUUUCAUAAUAAUAAUAUUUAGAACCGGGUAUUGAUUACUUGUUCCUACUGCAUAGGUAAUAAUAAUAUUAUAAUAAUAAAUGUUGUUGUUGUGCCAACGGUUGAAAUCGAUAUACGAUAUCUCGCUGCAUUGUCGCGGGUUUCGGUGCCGUGUCGACCACAGUAAUUUGUUCCAGACGAAAAUAAUUUUUUACCGGAUUAUAAUAAUUACUACGUGAUUAUUCGGCGAGAAGGACACUGCGAGUACCUAAAUAGGUUUCACCUACGUUAUUUUUAUUCCUCAAAUUUUAUAUACGUACGUGUUGUAUGGCCAGUUGCGAAAAUGGGUUACACUCGCAUUUUUACCGAUGGGUGUCUAAUAAUUAAGAAAUCCUAUGUAUUGUGUACAACUUAAACGAUUAUAGUUGCAGCGAUAUCAUCACCAUAGGGGUACACACCUGUAUAAUACAAUAUUAUGAAUACCUCACUACUUAUAACCUCUCUACUUCUCUCUACACGAACACGUCCGAAUCAACUUCUGACAACUGCUGCAGCUAGUGACGAUCGAUCGUUUUUGUUCGAUAGAAUUGCUCUUUUAAAUCGUCAAACAUAUUAUUAUUAAUUAUUAUAGUAUAUUAUACCGUCUAUACCAUUGAAUUACAAUUUUGUUUUAUGCUCGGGAAACGAAAAGUACUGACUAUUCGUCGCGACCGCCCUAAGGUGUCUACAACUAUGUAGACACAUGCAUGGGCGGAAGGUUCUUCAUUGGGGGGAAGUCAAGGAGGAGACAUUUAUAUUAUACAUUUAUACAUAAAAUAUUAAAAUGUAUAUAAAUACUUUGAAAAAGAAAGGUAAGAUAAUGGGGACGGGUGCAGCCACUGGUGUAGGUGGAAAGUUAAGAAGGUAUGAUAUAAACGGGAAUUUAAUGUAUAUCUAAAAGCAACGAUAAACCAUUGAUUACGAAAAAAACGAGAUUCUGAGCGGAAUUCAGUUGAUAGUGAUGCUUUGUCAACAAUAUACAUAUCAUUUUGUAGUAAAACAAUUAAAUAGGCUUUAUAUAUUUUCUUUAAUAAAAUUUGUUUAAUUUAGUCCAAAUUUUUCCAGUUUUCCUACAUUUUUCUCGGUUUUCUCAUGUUUUAUUCCGGUUUCAUUUGCUGGGAAAACUCUUGGGAAAAUCGAAAAAUGACCUAUCUAAUGUACCUCCCUAGUGAAAUUUCCUUUUAAAUACUUUUCUAUCAUUAAAAGUUGGAGCGAAAUUGCUGGUUGAAAAGUUGUGCACAGAAAAAAAGGAAGGCCGUAAUAUAUUUUAACUAAUACCUACAUUUUUUAUAUUUUCCCGUUUUUUUUAAUUUUUCAAAUUUGAUGAGAAAACUCUUGAAAAAAUUAAAAAAUGGCCUCCCUAAAAGUACCUCUCCACGCCGAUUUUCUUUAAGAAAAAACACUAUACGUAGAAAUCCGAGCAAAUCUUCUGGUAGAAAAGUUGUGCACCGAUAAAAAUAAAAUCUUUGUAAUACUAUAAGCUUCUUCGCUCUACUCAGAAUCUAAAAUCGAUGAUUAUAUAUUAUGGUAUAGGAUUAUUUUCAAUAGUGGUUAUUGACGACAUAAUUGGAAAAUCAAAAUAACAUGGGCGAUUUUACGAAUUAGCAGAAUCAUUGAUUGAUAAAUAAUAUUAUAAUUAAUGUAUAAGAGUAUACGAUUAGAUAUUAUUUGUUAUCUACACAUCAUAUUGACAUAAUAUUAUAGUAUAUUUAAUCUAUUAUGCUGUUCGAUAUUGAAUCCGGCUUUGGGAUUGUUAACUAAAUGUAACACAAUUAAACGUUAAUCGUUCAACAGUUUGUUAAAGACAAAGACAAGAUAAUAAACUAUCAGCAUACGCAGUGUCUUUAUUCGUUGUUUAAUUUUAAUUGACGUGAUUUGUAUUAAUUGACAUGAAGUGAGGUUCAGUUUCAAUUUAUUAGAAAUUAAACUACAUACCCUAUUCUUAGUUUAAUAAAUAAUUAUAUAGUUAUGAUUAAUACUAUUGUAUAGGAAAGAGGAAUAUCGUCUUAUAAUAUUAUGCUACGUAAACUUACAUAUAGCAGUUAAUAGAUUAACAGGAAGGUAAAUAUUUUUGAAAAAAUACAAUGUCCCAACCCAGAAUUUUCGACGGUGAACGCUCUUGACUACUUAACGAAAUAAAUUAUUUUUUCUGCCUGUCUCGCGCGUUAUACUCGUAUGUAGCGGCAAAUGCUACUUUCGCGAUUGCGACUCUGAGUUCCGGGUAAAGGGACCUAUUAUUAUAAUCAUUUUUGAAUAAGUGCAGAUUAAAGGUUAAAAUUAAGACAGUUAAUUUAAAUUAAAACAUUCAUAGUAUAUUGAUAAAAAUUCCCUAGUAAAUGCUGUUCUUUAUUAAGCGAAAGUUUACUAUGAUGUGUGUUUUUUUUUUCUAUUUGUAAAUAACUUUUUGAGAAGAAAACUUGCUUUGCAAUAUUAAAUGCAGUUUUCUGAAAAUUUGAUCUAGUUGAUGCAUUAGAGAGAUCAUUUAUCGAUUUUCAAAAUAUUUGGAAUAUCUGGAAACAAAAUUAUAAUUGAAACGGCAAAUAUUUAUGGCACACUUCGGCGUUGCCAAUCUCAUUGUUUUUAAUUUUUACAAACUAUGUUUUAUAUCAGAAAUGAUGAUUUAAUCAAAAAAAUGCCAAGAGACCUUUUUGUUGCAUGUUUAAUGUAGUUAGUGAGUAAGUAUUUUGUUUUUUUUAUUUUCCAAAUUGUUUUCAUAGUUUGAGUACUAUGUGAAUAUCAUUGUUUAACCUACCAGAAAUUCUUGGAAAUUUAAUAAAAUUUAAAAGUUCAUUAAGUACUUAGUGGUAAAAAAAAAAAGACUAAUGCGGUUAUUUUUUUUUAUAAUUGAGGAUCAAAUUUUAAAGAAAAUCCCAAAUAUUUUACUGCCUUAUAAAUCAUGUAUAAACGAACUUCACUCAGAAUCGUUUUUCGUUAGCAAUGGUUUAUCGUUGCUCACAAAUAUAAACUAAAUAACUAUGUUUCUUACCUUCCUAACUUUCCACUUACAACAGUAGACCUAUCAGUAGUAUUAGCUCCUUUCAUAAUUAAUGUAGGUAUGUUAUAACUUACACUAUAACCAUAUUUUAAUAAUUACUACUAUUUAAACAUGUAUUUUCUUUUCAUUCUUUAAGGUCAAAUUUCGAAUAAAUCCUUUCUUAACGGUUGUUUAUAAUUUUUAUAAGAAAAUCCUACACAAAAAUGUUAAGUUUCUAGACCCAGUGGUUUCAGCUAUAUAUUUUUCUAUCCCGCACGACGUAGCCCAUGCACAUUGAAUAAAAAAAAAAAAAAAAAGAAAAAAAAAACGUGUUUUCAUGAUUUCACCCCGUACGUUUCACAGUUUAUCGUUGUUGCGCAGUUAUUUAUUUAUUUACUUUUUUUUAAGGGUAUUAUUUAUCCUUUGACAACCGAAUUAACUAAUAAUAACUUUUUUGUAUAUCCAUGUUGCCAAAGUAACUUAUAAAUCAACAAAAUUAAUUGGGUUUUCGUUCCAAUAUUAUAAAAAACCCUACAACAGCCACCCUUUAAUUAGUAAAUAUCCUUUGUGUUAUUAUAGAACAUGUUCUAACUAUGCGCUAAAUUUCAUCAAAAUCCGUUCAGUCAUUUUGGUGCGAUUAUGUUACAAAUAUAUAAAAUAAUUUACAAUAGUGAAUUGUAUAAAGUUUCGUAUAGUAGGUGUGUACUUCCUGUGCACUUAUAAAUAAUGGAUUUAAUAUGUAUUGUACAACUAACUGGCUUUAUGUUUUUUUUAGCUUUGUUGUUAUUUAGGUUAUAAAAUAAUAUUAUUUAAAUGUAUUUUUUUAAAAAUCGCUAUGCAUCAUACUUCCAACAAUUUAAUUUCAAUUAGUAACAAUUAUUUAUGCAUCACGGUACGCCUACGGGUAUGACUCACUCAUUUGUCCUGUUUUUCCUGUAAAAUCACGUGAAUGUAGAGUACUACAGCUACGUAAUUUGAUUUUUCUUUUUCUUUUUAUUCAAAAUAAGGCUUCAAUAGCAAAGAUAAUUAGCCAUUAGACAUUACAUAUUACAAAUUUUAGGAGCUAGGUUUAGAAAUUGCUGUAUCACAUAUUACAUAUUUUAUAGGUUAAGUUAGAUUUCAAUUUACUAUAAUUUGUGAAUGCAAUGAUUUUCGAAAUUUGACUUUCAUCAAGUUUUUCAAUUAUGUUGGGUGGUAUGUUUAAGUCUGUGCGUAUUAAAGUUUAUUGUGUGCACUCCUUCAUUAUAUAUUUGAUAGUUAGUGAGUGCUUUGUAACAUGUAUUACAUUUAGAUUGAGGCUCUUUACUAAUUAAGUAUGAGUGUGUGCCAGAGGAGGUCCAUUUCUGAUUUGGGUGAUUGAUAUAAUAUUUUCGAGUUUAUUAUUCGGUUGGUACUGAAUUCCAAUGAUUUUUCUAUUAUAAGAGGAUUUGGUUUUUAGUUAAAAAAUUGUAUAUCACUAGUGAGUAUGUUAUUUAUUGUGGAGUUGGAAUAUUCUUCGUUUCAAAGUUGGCAUACCAUAUUUGUCUACUACGUUUCCAGCAAUACCGGUGUGGGAAUACGGUGUUUUAUUUUUGUUCGGAUUAAUGUUACCCGAGUGUUUGAAGGUAAUUUUAUGUUUUGAAGAUGGACUUUUAAGUGCUAAUAAGAUACUUAGGGAGUCAUUGAUUAUUAGUAUGUCGUUUGAUUCCAGAAAGUUAGCAAGUUUUAUCCCUUCAUAUAUAGUUUGAUUAUUUUCUUGUGUAUAUAUAUAGGGGUAAAUUGUAUUGUAAUUCAGUUAAACAUAUUCAUAGAGACUUGAAAUUUUAACAAAAAACAUAUAUUUGCUUUUCCUGGACGUGGUCAAAACUUUUUUUGGACAUUUUUGGAUUGUUUAGAAGUAUUUAAUAUUUGUGAGUUUUUAUUUGGUAAGUUGUAUUUGGAAUUUAGAUAUAAUUUUUUUAUCAAUGAAAUGGUCAGAAAUGCUUGAAAAUUGUACAAGAAGUUCGUUAUAAGUUGUACUCGGUAAAAAAUAAAAAAUAAGUAUAUAGUGUAAUGUAGUAUUUUUUUUUUUUAAAUGGUUUUAAGAUAAAAUCAUAAAUAUUAUGGCCUUUUAAAUCAUCCCACACAGCAUGGAAUAAUAAUAAUAUAUGUUAAUAUUUAUAAUAUGAUUCAUAUACCUAGAUGAUACGAGAAAAACUAUAUAGUUAUUGUACAAUUUUCAACACAAUAUUUAAUGUAAUUUAAUAUUUGUCUUAAUAAAAUAAAUUUCCAUUAUUAUAGAUACAUAAUGAAUAAUAUAAAGGCAUAUAACUUUAUGUACUACAAGCAUAUAAACAAAAAGACAGACAUACGCUUCGCACGAGGGGUGGGCCACUGUAUAGAUGAGAAGUUAGAAAGAUGGGAUAUAGAGGGGAAUUUAAUUUAUAUCAGCUAUACGCAACUAUAAACCACUGUUAACGAAAAACGAUUCGAAACGAAGUUUCUUUUAUAUAUAUACGUACAUUUUCCCGUUUUUUUCCCAAAUAUGAAAACUAUGUAUCUUACCUGAUCUUACGUUUUUUUUUUUUUUUGGCAUUUUAGAUUCUAGAAGCGAUGUUAGGAAUUUAUUGGUUUUAAUAUAUUUUUGUGUGUGUUUACGGUCUGUGAACAACUUAUUCACCAAAAAUCUUACUCCGAUCUUCAAGAAUAGCAUCUUUUUUUAAAUCAGACUUUGUCCAGUUGGUAUAUUGAGGGGGUAUAACGUGAACAUUUACUCAAUAACGGUUACGUAUUAUUUAUGUGAUUCGGUAAAAAAUCGUAAAAACCUGAAAUUUUCAUUAAACAUUUAUAUUAGCCUUUUCUAGAAUUGGUCAAAUUUUCAAAAUAUUCUGCUAAGUUGUUGAACCAUUUAUAGGCAUUACCGAGAUCAAUAAUACAAAUAAUAAAAAUUAAUAUUAUUAUUACAUGAUCAUUUUGAACAUUAAAUAAUAUUAAUACAGCAUAUUAUUGUUUUCGUAUAAGAACAAUAUGUAUAAUUAAAUAUUAUAUUAUUUUAUAGCAUAUUUAUUCGUCUUUAAAUACACUAGAUAAGUAUAGACAUUUAUUGAACCUUGAAGGGUAUUGAUUUUACAUAUUGUAUAGGUGCCUAAUUUCUUGGCAACAGCUAGGCUAAAAAAACUUUUCCAUGUAGUCGUAGGUGAUAAUCGAUGAUUACUGAGCAUCCUAUAUAUAUUACGUUCAAGGUGGUAUAAAACAAACAAUUUAGUUUUAUUAUUCGUGAUUCAAUUAUGACGGGGUGAUUUACGAAAAAAGUAAAAACGCCGUUGUUGUUUUAGGAUAGACUUUAAACAAGGUUCUAUAUUAAUCGUAUUAUAUCAUCGAACAAACACUUUGACGCGUGCAUUUUUGUAUUUUGUUUUAAAUUUUUGCAUGCAUUCAAAAUAAUUCGAGUACGUAUAAUAAAUGUCGGUAAACUCUUAAGUCUCUAAUACUUAAUUGAAUGUAUUAAUAACUAUCUACUAAGUACUGGUAUUUCCUAAUAUCAUCUAAAAAAGGGUAUGCCAUGCUAUGCAUAACCCGAUAAAAUAAAGUAGAAAUUUAUGGACGUUGGUUUGAGUUAAGUAUUCAUUAGGCUCUUUCCCCUCAAGUUUUGUCAAUUCUGCCGCUAUGUAAAUGUUCCUCGAGUCCCUCGUAGAAGCGGGUGGAAUGCAUUUUCGUAUUUUCGUUUUAGUUUAAUUCGGUAACAUGGUUUGCAAAAAUUUUAAAUGACAUGGGGUCUGAUAUUAAAACCCGACAUGGCGUGCGGUGGUGAGACGUAUUGCGGUUGUAGUUUUGGAAAAAAAAAACAAAUAUGUUUGCUUAAUACUAAAAAGCAUAUUAUACCUAAUUAAAUUUUAUUAAUAUACAUCUGUAUUGAAACACAUUUUUUUUGUCAUUUGUUUCUGGAAGUCAAAAAUGUUGACAUCAAAAUUUAUUUAUAAUAGCACUCCGUCUUUUUAUACAAUUUAUAAUGUAGGUUCUCAUUUGAGAAACCAAAGUUGGCAUCACCACAGGUUGUUGUGAGAUAUUUAAAUAUUCGAAAAUAUCGACUUUAACUACCACUUAAGAAUUCGAAAAUUCAGAAUUUGAAUAUUUGCAAAAUUUAACCAAUUAAAUAGGGUGAGCGCGCUUAGUGAAUCACACUGUAUAGGUAUAUUGCAGAAAGAUAAAACUGUAUGUAUUAUUGUGAUUUAAUUUUAAAAAUCAUGUAUAUUUCAAUAUCAGACGUAUUUGUUAAUUUUAUGUAACUGUGCAUACAAAUUUUUAGAGCAGCGUUUUUUAAUUAUUCGAUUGAAAAAAAAACAUGGAUAGGAUAAUUAUCGUAAUAAAGAUAAUCAGAUAAAAUCGUAAUAAUUGUUUAUUAUAAUUUUUAAAAAUGACUUGAAGUCAGUGUUUCCAAACAUAGAAAUAAUUUUGAGGAUUUAUAUUUCAACACUUGCCACUAACUGUACUGCGGAAAAAUCAUUUUCUUCUUUAAAGCGGAUAAAAACUUUAUUUGCGUUCAAAAUUAGGACAAGUAAAAAUUAAACUCUGGCGGUUUUGUCGGUUGAAAGUGGAAUUACACAUGAAAUACAAUUUGAAGACAUAAUUCAAACUUUCGCAGAAAGAAAGCAAGAUGCAAAUAAAUGAAAUAUUUUUUUAUUUUUUUCUCAUUUGCUAUAUAUUUUAUAAUAAUAAUAAGUACAUACUCAUUUUUAAAUUUGAUUAUUAUUUGCUAUUUUUUUUUUUUAAUAAUAUAAUUUAAAUUUGAUUGAACACAUUAGUUUGUUUAAUGAACCUAUGAAUCUAAUUAUAUCUAUAAAAUAAUUAUAUUUAAUUGGUAGGGUAAAUUUAUUUGAAAACAUAAUGAUAGAUUAUAUUUUAAUAAAUAUUGUAUUAGUAUACUAUUUCCUUGAUUAGACCAGUUUAUGGAUAUAACUAGUAAUUAUUGUUUAGUAUCAUUCUAUCUUAUUUUUUCGAACCUAUAUAUAUAUAUAUGAUUUAUUCUUUUUAGUAGUUAUGUUAAAUAAGUAUUUAAAAAUACGUUUUCUCAUUGAUAAGUUUAAUGGGGUGACAAAAUAAAAUUUGCCCAGGGGCGGCAAUUGUGUAAAUCCGUCUCUGGUCUUGACAUUCUCACUUUUGAAAAUUUGUUUUUAUUAUUAUUAUUCAUAGUCUUUUGGGGUUUAAAAAUCUGAUAGAUCUGGUUUUAGAUAUUUUGUUUACCUAUCCGUAAACUUUGCAACUAUUGUCGAGAAUAUUUUUAUUUAGGUUCAAAAAACGAUUAUGUGUUAUUAUUAUUAUCAGUUAUUCUUUUUUAUGGUUUGUACGUGUAUAACCUUAUUUCUAUAUAUUUCUGUAUAUGUAUUAUAUUUUUAUGUAGCAAGAUCGUUGACAUUAAAUUUAGUUUAAAAGUUAUUUUAUAUCUCCGUUUAUUAAAUUAUUUUAUGAAUCUGUACAACAUUAUUGAUGUAUCAUUUUCUGAAUUAAUUACUCGAUCGUUUACCUUAAAUUAGGUGUACAAUAAAAACUAAGUAGGUAGUAUAUUUUAGUUUUGCCUAUUAUACUGGUUCCAAAUUUAAUUCAGUAUAAUAAAUAGUUUUUAAAAAAAAAAAACAAUAUUAAAAUGUUAAAACGUUUAUUACGAAUACCAUAUAAUUUAUUGGCGUUUUUUUUCGUCUUAAACUACCCAUAAUAGUAAAAUUGGUUCUUAGAUUUUGUGCAAACAUUUUAAAGUUCGGGGUAUACAUAGUAAAUUUGGCACAUAACUGUAAAAUAUUUAUUGUUCUGAAAAUUCAUUUUCAACUUUUAUACAUAACGCGGUUAUAUGUGAACAUCUAACGUUAAACCUAGCUCGUGUAUUUCAUUCUACGCACACUGUUGUCAUUUGAACACUCCAAAGCACAUAAUUUACAAUUAGGCUAUUCUUCAAAAUCUAAAAUCAACCAUACAAAUUUCUAACCAAGUCGGUACUAUUGUUGGUAUUUAAACACCUAAUAAAUUGUAAUAAUAAGGCAAACAAUAAUAUUUUUUCGUGUAAUAUUUCUUUUAUAACUAUUUUAAAUAUAUAUUUGAUUAUUUUAAUGUCCGCAUACAUUUAUUGAAACAUAAUAAUUUCGUAAUACACACUACUUAUAUGUUAUUGUAAGUAUUUACCAAAUAUCGUCGAAGGGCGUCCGCUUUCAAACGAAAAAUUCCACAAAUUUGGAAUUAACAUUAUAUUGAAUUUUUAUACUAGGAGUUAGGACGUUUAGUACACCUGGUAUAUAACCAUAUUGUAUUAUUUGAAAAUAACGCCAAUAUUCUUUACAACUAAACUAUAUCUUUCGUAUUACAGCGAUGGUUAUCUAAACAUCGAAGAGUUCGACGGCAUUUGCAAAGGACUUUUCCGGAACGACCGCGGAAUCGUGUAUAGUCUCGACGAGCACACGCUCAAACACAUAUUUAAUAUAUUCGAUACGAAAAAAGUUAGUAUUUGUAUUAUUAAUAGGUCAAAUUUCGGGGUGGUAAUUAUCAUAUUUUUUUUUUUUUUAAAUCGGUUUUAAUAUUUUUCAAAUUCCAGGAUGGCCUGAUUGAUAGACAAGAAUUCACAACCUGUUGGAACAAAUGGAUCAAAACGGUACAUCAAUACAAAAAUGAUACAAUUUAAUCAAAAAAUAUAUAAUAUAUAACCCAUAUUACUAUUUGGUUCGAAACUUAUUGCACUUAAAAUCCAUAAAUUAUUUAUUAAGCCGUGUAAAAAGCCCAUAAAAAAAUAUUUAAAUGCAAAAAUUGUUGAAGGGCUUAAAAUUUCCCUCUAUUAGCUAUUCGUUAGACUAACUUAUUAAAUACAAUUCUGUAACUCCUCAAAUUUAUUACCACGAAGUAAUUUUUUUAGUGUUAGAAAAUUGUAUUUAAUAAGUUAGAACUGUUAAGUGGAGGAGUUUUUAACACUACUACCCUUUUUGCCUUUUUCAAAUAUUUUUUAUGUGCUUUUCAGAAGUUUUUAAGUAAUAUAGCAUCUGUGCUAGAGCUUAAUUUACGUAUUUGUUCAGUCCGUUAAAAACAUCCAUUGUAUUGAUUAUUAAUUUACAGAUCAUUAGACCCGUCAACAUAUUCCUCAUUAUCGAUGUUCAAAACGAUUUCAUAUCCGGUUCAUUAAACAUAAGCAAUUGUUCAGCACAACAAAACGGCUUGGAGGUAAGAAUAAUGGAAUUCACGCAUAAAAAUGCUGUCCUAGGAUAUUGGGGACGGGCUCAACCAACCACUGUUGUUGGUGAAAAGUUGAAAAGGUAGGAUACAGAAGGGAAUUUAAUACAUAUAUAUAACGAUAAUCCGUUGCUAACGGAAAAAUGACUCUGAGUGGAGUUCAAUGGAAUCAAUUAAGUGAUCUUUUGUCAAUAAUAUAUAUGUCAUAUUAUGAUAAAAUAAUUUAAUAAGCAUUAUACAUUUUCUUUAAUAAUAUUUGUUUAAUAUUGUACCAUUUGUCCUAAUUUUCCCAUGUUUAUCCCGGUUUUCACAUUUGCUAAGACAAGUGCUAUAAUUGUAAAUCUGAGCAAAAUUGCUGGUAAAAUAGUUGUUCACAGGAAAAAUGAAGGCCAUAGUUUUUUUUUACUAAUGCAUUUCGUACAUUUUCCCUUUUUAACUCUGUUUAUUUUCGAUUUUUCGCUUUUGUUGAGAAUAUUCCAGAGAAAAUUUAAAAAUGACCUCCUUAAAGUACCUCCCCACACCAAUUUCCUUUUAGUAAACGUGCUACACUUAAAAAUCGGAGCAAGAUUUCUGGUAAAAAAGUUGUCUGAAGAUAAAAAAAAAAAUAAACAUCUAUGUAAAACCAUAAGCUUAGUCGCUCCACUUUAUAAUAUUAUUAAAUUUGUAUUUGUUUUAAAUGAUAUAUUUCGAUCAGUUUAUUUGGCGUUAUUAUUCUCGCAUAGACUACGGUGAUCAUUAGCAACGAGGAUACUAUUGAAUGAACAUUAGUUGAAAUGUUGUAUAGGUAAUUAAAUAUUAUAGUGAACGGAUUUCAAAACUAGCAUCUGCAGAUCAUUUAAAUGAAUAUAUUUUCUUAUUUACAUGUUUAACCGAACACCACUGUUACAGAAUUGCAUGCGGAAAUUAUAAUAUAGAUUGAGUUGUGUGUGCUGUUUUUUUUUUUUUAAUUUAAGAUUCUAUGAACAAAUUUUCUCUUGGAAAUACUAAUAAUUUUUGAUUAUUUUUUUCACGUAUUCAGGUCAUCGAGCCCAUAAACCAUUUGUUGGACACUGUAAAUUUCGAUUCUGUGUUUUAUUCAUACGAUUGGCACCCGACCGAUCAUAUAUCGUUUAUUGAAAAUCUGUCACUGCGUCCCGUGGACCCAUCGUCGCCGGUAAAAAAAAGAAGAAUCACUCAAAUGUUAUAGGUAACACUAUUAAUAAUAGGUAUAUUGUGUGGCUCGUCUUUCAGAUAAAAGCAGAUAACGCACAACUGUACGACACAGUUGUGUUUGAAGGAUCUCCGAAGAUAAAACAGCGUCUGUGGCCGAAGCACUGUGUUCAAGACUCAUGGGGCGCUCAACUCUACAAAGACUUAAAGGUAAUUGUUACUAUAGUAUUCCCUAUAUAAUAUCUACUAAGACUCGCAGAAUUGCUUGUAACUGCAUUGAAGGUUCAUCAAAUUAUUUUUUACCAUUUUAAUUAUCAAAAUAGAAUAAAAGUAAACUAUUUAUAUAUUUAUUUAUUUAUAUUGCAAUACAAUUAAAUAUAUGAAUUGAGAGAAUAUUCAGUUAACAAAAAUGUCCACUCACUUUUUUCCUUUCGUACUGUUUAAGCUUCCCUGUGAUACUAAUAUACCAAUUAUGUAUGCCCCCCUUCUUUAGAGCACAUGCAUUGGUACUUGGUAAUCUACCUGUGCGCUAAUAGCCUAAAUCAUAUAACUUUGAAGGAAUAAUAUUUCAAUAACAAAAAAAUGGUAUAAUAUUAUGUUCAAAAUUAUAGACAGUAUUAAUAUUAAAUAUAGACUUAAGUAUCUAAGGUUUUCACACUAAUAUUUAAAAUACACAUCUUGAACCUAUUAAGUUCAAUUUAAUAGCUUUUGGAAAUUUAUUGUUAAUGAUCUAAUAAUGAUUCAUUGUAAAUUGAUAGUGUGUGCUUUUCACUUGAAAAACAAGCAAGCUAAGAGCUACAGUUCAACAUCCUCCGAGACAUGGUCAUAAUUUUACUUCAAAAUAUCUCAAAAUAACUCUAAACAGAAUAAUGACAUUCAAUAGCUAUAUUGAAAAGACAACAAAGAGAUCACUAGCAAUUAUACUACGUAGACUAGCAAAAUAGGAUGAAAAGCAGAUGCAAAGACUCUGAAAUCGCAACCAUGGCACUGGUCUGCAAUACGGCUGAAUAUGAGGCCCCCAGUGUGGAUUAUAUGUAAAACGAAUUGACAUAUAAUUAAAUGAAGCUAUGAGAAUAACCGGUGCUGUAAAGCUGACCCAAACACAAUGGUUGCCUAUCUUGUUGAAUAUUAUGCCAUUUCAUAUUCAAAGGUAUGAGUCACUGACUAGGAUAAUAACAAAAUGUAAAGAGAACAAAACUCGCUACUGUACCAAAUAUUACAAGAAGUCUCAUCAUAUAAACUUAAAUCAAUCAAGGAAACCUCCAUUGUCACUGCUAAAAAUUAAAUAAGCUCAAACUUCUACGACUUCAUGACAUAGAAAAAAGAAUAGACAGAAAUCAGAAGCUGGUAGAUAACCCUUGUAUGAUGUAAAUACAUCUACCAAGACAUACGUGGUUGGCAGUGAAUCUCAUCUGAACAGAGCAAGGCAGAUUUUUACACUCUAUACAUAAAAGGAAGUACAAAGGCCUUUCAUAUGAUUGUGGAGAUAUCAAGCAAACAAUAGAUCAUAUAGUGACGGGGUGCCUAAAAAGACUUUCUCUCGAGGUCUGACUAGUAUCCACAUCACCCCCAGAAGCUAUAGAAUAGAUCAAAUGACUAGACUUAUGAUUUAUAAACUAUAAUAUUUAAUGUAUUGUAUAUGAAAUGUGUUUGUUAGUAUGGUAUACAAAUUAAAUAAAUACUCAUUUUUAUUGUACUAAAAAGCCAAUGAAAAAGGAUAUUGGCAUAUAGCUUGUAACUUUCAGAGUUGGCCACUGCAAACCUGGUGAACCAUAAUAAUACAAUUAACUAUUUAUAAAAUAAAUAAAUGUGUACAGGUCGUGGACAACGCAGUAAAAAUAUAUAAAGGGACGAUAUCGGACGUGGACUCUUAUUCAGUGUUUUGGGACAAUAAGAAAUUGACACAAACCACGUUAGGCACGCAACUUUCCCAGUUAAAUGCCACAGACAUUUACGUGUGCGGGUUAGCCUACGAUGUCUGUGUUGGUAAUGUAUAAUAUAAACUUAAAGUUGACAUUUUGUUGUUUUUUUAAUUUUAUUUGCCUUUCUUGUCCAACAUCCGUCAUCAUCCCUAGCAUCCUGCUAUACCCUGCUCCUGACUAUUUUGCGGUUUCUGCCAUCAUAAUAUUUCCAUUCUCUUUUAUGUACAGGUGCAACUGUUGCAGACGCACUGUCAAUUGGAUAUCGGACGAUAUUAAUUGAUGACUGUUGUCGCGGUGUCAACCUGAAUGACAUUGAAAACACCAAGAACAGCGUAGUUAAAAAUCACGGGGUUAUUGUCCAGUCGAACGAGGCGAGUAUGAAAACAGAUAAUUAUUUUGAAUUCUACCACUGCCAAAAACAUGAUAUAGAAUAUUAAUGAUUAAAGUUCCACUAUAAUUUUAAAAAGUCGUUCUUAGUUGUUUUCACAUUUAAUCCACGUAACAGGUUAAAGUAUUUUUAUUCUCCUCCUUUAUAUCCUGAUCCAACUUCUACUUUACGUAUCUCUCUCCUGGUUUCAAUCUACACAUUUUCGAUUUUAACUAGUAUCAUUUAAAUCCAAAUCUUUAACACAGGUGAACACAUUGAUGAGAAAUGCGUAUUCUAUAUUGUUGUAUUAGCACCAAAAUUUUACUGUAACUUUUGCAUUUAUGUAUGUAAAGGUGAAAGCAAUGGUCGAAGGACGUGACAGGAGGCCUGAAUUGGGAUAUAAAUUGGCACUUGAGAUUGAAAAGUCUAUGGAAAAAGACGUAUACAAUCAAGAGCUGUUUUGAUCUGACAAAGAACACGCUCAUUGAAUACUAUGUGAAAACGUCACUAUUAUACGUUAAUUAUUUGUAAAACGAUUCACAAAUAAAUUAAUAUUAAUUUGGCCUUGUAUUAAUUAGUUUUUAUCAUGGUAAACAUGUAAAUCAUAUGUUAAUAUGAUUUUAGAAACAUUGUAGUACUUACAAAUGCACUAAAUAUUAUUUUAUUAUAUAAAGUAUAAAUGUUAAAUUUACAUUAGAAACAUAAAUUAAUAUACAAGUGGUUUAUUAAUGAUUACAGUCUUUAUUUAUAUCGCCCAUAUUGUUAUAAACGCUCAAAAACUUAAUUUUGUUGAAGUUUUGUUUUAAGCCGAUUGGUUUGCUUCAAUAAAUUGGCUACAUUGUGUCUUAAAUUAUGCAGUUGUAGUGCUGACAUUUUAACACUUUUGAUUGUGCCGUUUUCCAUUUCCAGUUCAAUAAAAAUUUGUUUCUCAGUUUUAAAUCCUUCACUA